UAAGCCUAACCCAAAUUCUAAGAUGGUAUCAUAGUCUAUCCUAGAUCCGUUUAUUGGAGACUAGCCAUAUAUAGGGCCACCAACAGAUGUUCAUUCUUGCAAAUUCCAUGCUCCAGAUGUCCAACCCUGGGCGUGAGGGGGUGUGUUGAGAAGUCUCACAUUGACUGAGAUACGACCAAAUAAGUGUGAAUAAAGGUCUAAACUAGCUUUUGGGUAGAGCUAGGCCUAAUCCAUAUUCUAAGAGUAACCAUUUCAACAAUGGUUCAUGUCUUUUGGUUUCAAUGUUUUCAUCUUACCAAAUGCUAUUGGGUACUUAGUAUAGUAGCAAGAAUGCCUACAGGUGACUGCCAAGAAGACAAAAAUAUGUCUUAAUUACUUACCUACCUGUGUUUUAUCAUCUUGGCUUGUUGUAAGUAUUACCAAAAUAAAAAGGCUAAAAUUAACAAUAUUGCACAAAUUUGUCACUCUAUCUACGCACAAUGCUGUUCAUACAUGGCUUGUCUUAUUGGUAAUCGUGGCGGGAGUUUCCCCCCUUCCUCAAAUGUUAUAUUCUGUACAUUAUACCAUGAAUUGAGUCACAAUGUUCAUUCCCAACAGAGUGAAAUUCUGUCUAGAAUUUUUUCUCUUAUUAGAAAAAUUCAUGGAUGAUAAUUACUACCCCUCUUUCUCCUCAUCGGGCUUUGUUUCUUGGGGCAGUUGCACUUCAGUAGAGAGAAGAAUUCUUCGAAGCAAGAGGUUGCAUAUAGUUAAAUCGCAGUGGUUAGAAGAUUGUUUGAACAGUAGCCAAAGAUUACCAGAAGAUGCCUAUAGUUUGAGACCCGAUGGAAUAGAAGAAUCAACUACUGAAGAUUGUGAAUAUGACUUGGCGUUAGACACCCAUCUGGUUGGAGAUAAUGUAGAGGACCAAAAUACAUCUUUCUCUGACCUUGAAAGUAAACAUAGAACUGCAAAAGCUGCUCAUGAACCAAGUUUGGCUUCGGUGUCCCAGGAGAAGGGUAGCGGAAGGAAAAGAGGAAGACCUGCAGGCAGAGGUACCAAAAACGUAAAAACAGCCGGUAACCAAGCUCCCAGAGGCAGAGCGAGAAAGCGGGGUAAAAUAUGUGAAUAUGAAUCAGAUGAUGACAGGGAUUCUCAACAAAUAAGGCCACAAGGGCAAGACACAAGAGAAGGAGGUCUUGAUUUUAAUGAGAAGCAUUUAGAACCCCAUGAGACUAAGAAACCUGAAAAUGUUCAAGCUACUGAAACCGUUGAAAGUUCUCAGCAAAAUGAGGCAUUCAAGCCAGAGGAUUCGAAGGAAAGAGAAUGUGAAAGAAUGUUUGUUCCUGAAAUUGAAAUGACUGAUAGGCACAAUGGCCAUAACAGUCAGGUGAGUGAGAAACUUGAAUUUUUGGCAGAUCCCGUGCAGGCCAUGUUAUUCAAGUUGUUGCAAGGUUUUGAUUCCUCCAUUUUUAAAUUCAGCUAUUUCAUUUUUAAAUUAAGCACCAUCAGAAUAAUGAAAUAGCUUUGCCAAGUUGUUGCAAGGUUUUGAUUCCUCCAUUAUGGUGAUCAAUGAUGCUUGAGUUGUUGCAAGCUUGUAUUAAACACCAAAUUAUGCCUUA